AUGGAGCUCCAGCAGGAGCUUGUGCGCGUCUUACAGCCACUUGCACUCGGUUCUAUCCCUUCUGAAUCCAUUUCAUGUGUCUUUAAUACAGGUGGAACUGCUGCUUUACGUGAAAAAUGGGCUGAAAAUAUCUCGCAGCGACAGCUACGCGCUAUCUAUCGCGUGUUUAUCAAGUAUUUGAGGCUUCAUGAGGCCGUAACUCAUCAUCAGGAGGCUGUCGAUACGCAAGUGGCGCAAUUUUGGAGCUUUAUUACGUCUCAGGAAGCUAUUAAUGUGGUGAUACAAGAGGAUGACGAUGUGGAGAACCAUGACGCUGUCUAUCGUUCAUUUUUUACAUUGCUACAAGCGGUUAUUAACGUACGUGAUGUGUACGCAGCUAUGAGUGACAUGGAGAAAACGAGCGCAUUGUUAAAAGCUUUAAUUGCUGCAAACAUUUAUUUGACAUGGCUACAAUUACCGGGAGGAGCAGCAUACGGUUUAUUCAUGUCAUUUGUAUAUCGCCAAGUGCUGGAUAUUUUGAAAAAAUGGGUCGUUCUUAUGGCGACUACAAAGCAAGGAAGUUGUAAUGUAGUUCAGAAGAAAACAGGACGACAUAAGAGGCGGAGAGCAGUGAGAAAACAACAAAGCAGUGAUGAAAAAAGUGAUGAAGACAGUUAUGCUGCGUUCGAGACCAUGACGACGCUCGGGUUAGAGCUGCUAAAAAGUUUAGUGACAUUUCUGACCAAUUUCUCACUCUCGGCUAGUGAAGAGUCGAUUGUACCGACGAUUGAAAUAGCGAUUGCGCUGCAAACUGCAAUGCCACCGGAGAAUGAGGGCACGGCGUCGGGUAUGAUAAGUAAAACGAUGCAAUUACUAGAAGAGCUAGUAAGCGGAAGGCAUGGUGAACCAUUGCAAAUUGGCAGAGUGAUUCUGCAUUGCUAUGUUCCAGGUGUGACGUUUCAGGAUACGAUGGCCAAGGAAACCAGGUCGUCGUUGCGCUUUCACAAGCUUGCCAUUGACGCCAUUACUAGGAUCCAGUGCAUCACAGCAAAAACAUGUGAAGAAGACGAUGCAGAGGGUACUGCACACCGGGAAAACUCGUUGAUGCUGUUGGGUUUGCUGCAGAACAUCUGUUUGCAGGCACCAGGUCUGGCAGAUGAGCGGCAACGUGUCCUCUCGUACGUCUUCUCGACUACCAUGGCGGGACGGCGGGAAAGCAAAAAUGAAGAGCAGGCAAGACCAAGUGAGCUGCGAGACGAAGAGUGCGCACGAUUUGUGCGAUUCCUGGUUAGUUAUUCUCGCAACGCCAAGCUAAAGUAUCGCCAAUUCGCGGUAGAGCUUCUCAGUCGUUUUGUGGUGGAAGCUAAAUUUUGGAAGUUAGAGGUAAACGAACUACCUGAAACGUUGGCUGCAUAUUCGGGCGUAGGCCCUCUCUUGGAGGUCCUGAUUGAUCGUGCUCGCGACAAGAUGUCCCAAGUUCGUACAAAGGCAAUUGCUGGAAUCUCGGCCAUGCUGACAUUAGGUCUAUCAAACCUGGCUAAUAGUGAACAAGACAAUGAUGAGCAAAUGAAUGAAGAUGACGGAUCGGAAUCGAUUUCAGGCUCACUGCAAAAGCUGUUGUACGAGCCAUCAAUUGAUGCAAAAGGAUUAGCGUCGCGUAAGGAAGCAUUACUGAUGGAGCGACUUAUUGACCUAUUCCGUGAGCGACUUGUGGACGACAAGACAUUUGUGCGCAGAGCUGCGGUGCACGCUUUGGAAGCGCUUGUGACGGCGCGCAUUGGCGAGACUGUCCACGCUUCUUUUAAGAAAGACUUGUUUGAUAUCCACGCGCGCUGCACGGAUUCCUCGGUUAUUGUUCGCAUGCAGUCAAUAAAGUCGUUGUCAGCAAUCGUGCUCAAAUUUCCACGCGAUGAGGACGCUCAGAAGUUAUGGAACCUUGGCGUUCUUCCGCUUUGUGUUGAUCCAGAGACAAGUGUGCAAACUUGUGCACUCGAGGCGGCCAAAAAAGUUGUGUUUGAACGAGUUUUGAUGUGGUAUGAUGUACGCCGUACCAAACAUCAGCGCGAGGCUCUCGACAAUGUUUGGAUGCAGGUUUCGCACCUUGAUGGUGUCAUGGCUCGCUGCUUGCAGAAGGCAAUGCGUAUGUUAAUCAAGAGCGACAAAAUUGGCGUCGACAAGAUUAUUAAAGCAUGCGUGUUUGCCAUUAACGAAAGCGUGAGAUCGUACAGCUCUGGGAAAGAGGUGGAAGAAGAAGCGGAAGAUGACGAUACUCGCCGAGUUUUAACUCGCUACUGGGGUUUUAGCUGGAUUGUACUGGAGGAACUUGCGCACUCAGGCACCCUUAUUGAAGCUGCAAGGGGAAAACAACACAAUUUGAGCAUUGUCGUUGAGUGCUGGAACAAACUGCAGGACCAGGCACUACCGGUGGAGUUUAAUGAGGGAUCGAAGCGCAUUUUACGUGUGAUUGCCGCGAUUUCAUCUGUAAUUGAUGCACAAGAUGCCAAGUCGAUUGCGGAUGGCAUUUUGGCUUCCUUGCAUUCGUUUGCCAUUCCACUAAAUGUUAUCGCCGAUGGAAUUCUUGCCUUGAAUAGCAUUUGCAAAGCCAAGGCUCCUUCGCCUGAUAAGGGACGUGACAUCAGCUUUGCGUGGGGAAAGAAACUUAUUGAUCUUUGUGAGGUUAAUCUUCGCAAAUGCUUUGUAAGUAGCCCGGAUAAUUUAGAUGAGGAGACGAUAUUGCUGCAGAAGCAACUGAUAUCGAUUGGUGAAGUGGUGCUGCUGGAGUUUAAUAAGAAUGCUGACAAGAGCGGUGAGGCGGCACUUUUACCUGUUAGUUCAAGUUUGAAGUCUCUUGUGCAGCUUUUUUUGCCACCAAAGUUUGUCCCUAAGAGUAUUGCCAUCAGCCGGUCCAUGUCACAACCUACCGUACAAAGUGAGGAAGGUGAGACAAUGACCUCCGUCAUCUCAGAGUCCGUUACGCUGCCAACUCCUGUUCGUGUGUGCGCUUUCGUGACGCUUGGUAAAUUGUGUUUGCGUGACAGUGACCUAGCCAAGAAGUGUAUGACCAUGUUCAUUCGCGAGCUGAGAACUUGCGAGGAGCAGGACAUACGAUCAAAUAUCCUGCUGAUUUUAGGUGAUCUAUGUAUACGCUACACGUCUCUCGUUGAUGCGUACGUUUCUACAAUUGCUUUGUCGCUUCUAGACGAGAGCCGAUUGUUGCGCCGCAAUGCGUUACUGCUAUUUUCACAGCUGAUCCUGCAGGAUUAUAUUAAGUGGCGUGAGUCACUGCUGCGCUUUUUCCUGCGAGCUGCAGUAGACGAAGACGAGGAACUGGCAAACUUGGCUCGCCAUGUGCUGUGUGGACCUUUGCUACAAAAGUCGCCGCAUAUCUUCACAAACAAAUUUAUCGAGAUAAUUUUUGUCUUCAAUGGGGUCCAGGGUGACAAACUUAAGUUUUCAGAGCCUUUUGAGGAGGAAGGUACGCGCGAACUUGCGCUGCUGGGCAAUGCGUCCUACCCACGACGAGCAAAACUGUACACUUUUUUGUUGGAGCACAUGACGGACGAGCAAAAGUUACAAAUUUCCAUGAAACUCUGCAGUGAAGUGCUGGAGGAAGUUAUGGAUGGCAAGCUUCCGCUGUGCGAUAAUCCAUCGCAGAUCACGGACCACUGUACAGAGGCAGUUCUCAAGGAUACUUUCGCGAUUUUGUGCUCCCCAGAGAUUAAACUUACAACUUCAAAGGAGGAAGACGACGAGGCUGAAAAUGAAGAUGCAGCAAUGGGAACACAUGCCAACGUUGCAUCACAGAUUGCAGCAGCCAAGGGCAAACUAUUGUCCAAGAUGUCCAAGAAGAACUUUCUUGAAAAUGUAGUACCGGUGCUCAUCGGACUCAAACACACACUUGAGGCAAAGCAUAGCCCGUUGACUCGCUACUUGCUGCAUUACAUUCGUGACUUAUUCAAGAUGUAUCGUCAGGAAGUCAAGGAUAUUUUCAUGAACACAGACCCGCAGAUGGCAAUGGAAGUGGAGUAUGAUCUGCGGCAGCUUGACUUGCAACAGCAACAGCAACAACAGCAGCAGCUACAGAAACAGCAAUCGCGUCGCAUGACCUUUGCUUCGAGUGAUGCCCAGACAGCACCGACAUCUCCGCAAGCUACAGCUACCGCUGCACCUCGAGCACCGCAAAGUGAAUUAUUGGAGGCAAAUGAUACCUGUGUGCACCUACGCAGGGACGAGACGGAUGUGCCGGUUGGUCAGCUUCGACGUCAGAGUCUACCAUUAACGCCAAGUAUUUCUCGUAGUAGAGUACAGCCGCGCGCGGUGUCGAGUGAGGAAGCUCAACGGCAGACACCAAAGACGUCGACGUUGAUAUUUUCCCCCAGCCAGGGUCACAUAGCCAAUGAAACUUGGCACGUGACUGCCAAGUCACCUUCAGUAGACAAACCUCCAAGCCGUGGAAAGAAGAGCAUUACUCAAAAAGAUUUGGAAGGCUGCAUGAAGAAGGAUCUAUCUGCAGCGUUUGACUCAGCAAAUGAGUCAGACGAAAACGUGCCACCCACUGUAAACAUUUCUAGACGACGAGUAAAAACAGCAAAGGCCACAGCCAAGGCAAAGUGUAAAACAAAUUCCAAAAUUGCUGCCAUUAAAGCGACAAGAGACGAAGAAAACGAGUGUCAGGAUGAAGAAGUUGUGCAGUUUCCGCUCAAGAAGAAAGCAAAACAGAAGAUAAAAGCUGUGAAGAAAUCUGCUACACGUAUGAAUACUCGACGAAAGCUUAAACACAACUAG